AUGCUCCCUCCUCUUUGCCUGUGAGGUCUUAGCAUAGCUAGCAGCAGCUACACGACCAGUCUGCUUCUUUACAUCCACUAGACUGACAAGAGAGCAACGGCGUGAUGGAAAUUGACUCGCUUCAAGAGGCGCUCAGAGAUUUUGAUAAGAAACCAAAGUCGGAGUCGUCUCCUCUUCUGGAACAGUUUCUAUGUCACAUUGCCAAAACUGGAGAGACCAUGGUUCAAUGGUCUCAAUUUAAGGACUACUUCCUGUUUAAAUUGGAGACGGUGAUGGACGACUUUAGCGCCUCAGCGUCUGAGCAAAGAGGUCCCGCAAAUCCCAACGUGGAGUCCAUUCCAUUUGAAGACAUGAAGGAGAGAAUCCUGAAGAUUGUGAAGGGUUACAAUGGAAUUCCAUUUACGAUCCAGCGCUUGUGCGAGCUGCUCACAGAACCCAAGAGGAACUACACAGGAACAGAUAAGUUUCUUCGGGGGGUGGAGAAGAACGUAAUGGUGGUGAGCUGUGUUCACCCAACCUCAGAAAAAAAUGGAUGCAGUGCGAUGAACAGAAUGAACGGAGUGAUGCUUCCUGGGAACACAUCUGCUUUUACAGAGAGGAAAGUGAACGGUCCUGGAACUCCCCGGCCACUGACCCGACCGAAGCUGUCUCUGGCCCACUCACUAGCAGCCAACGGGCUCCCCGACAGCACCGACGACAAAGACCUCAACACGGAGCAGGACGACGACGACGACAAAGACUCCAGCGAGGUGUCGGCGUCAGGAGGCUCCCUGGGGAGCUCGGUGAAGAACAAACACCAAGAAGACGAGGAAGAGGACAUGGAAUCCGAGCAGCAGGAAGUGAAGAGACUUAAGUUCAGCAAGGACGACGAGGACGAUGACGACGACGAGGAUGAGGAGGAAGAUCAGGAGGCGGACACGCUGAGGCCUUUACACGCCACCUGCCUCUCAAAGGAGGCAGAAGCCAUGGUCCAGGAGGACGAGGAAGAGGAGAAGGCUGGGUACGGCAAGGAGAAUGAAGCCUCCAGCAGUGCUGCCUCCGCCGAGGACCAAGAACCAACGAGCAGUACGCAGGCGGAGGCGUGUGCGAGCUCCGGACCGGAGGCCGAGCGGGCCGAGAGGGAGGUGCCGUGCGGCUCCCAGGAGGAGGGCAGUGACAUGGAUCAGACGGAGCAGCAGGCGCCCGCAGGCGUCCUGGAGAACCCCGAGACCAGCGAGGAAAGCAACAGCGACCCAGUAAGCAGCAGCAGCAGCAGCAGCGGCAGCAGCAGCGGUAGCAGCUGUAGCAUAGAGGAGAGUUUAGAAGCGACCAGAGAAGACAUAGCUCUCGCUCCCUCCAGCAGUACGCCUGAAGCUCCUACAGAGGGCGCCAUGGAAAGUGCCACCUUGAACACUGGGACCACUGAGGAGCCCAUGGAGCAGGACUAGACUGAAGCCCCCCCCCCCCCCCCUCCCUCCCUGCAGCCAUGUGUGACCAUGAACCAGCUUGUCCUUGAAUCCAGCUUGACUGUCACUGGGAAUGAGGACAACGAUACCUCGUACACAGGACGGGCGCCGUCUCGUCCCCUCUUUUUGGACACUCCUCCAAAAUGGCUACCUGGCAUUGAUGUGGGCAUACAAAUAAAUUUUCAUUUGAAGUUUUCUUUCUUUUAAACUGGAAUAUUUUAUUGAUCUUCUUAUCCUGUGUUUUAAAGUUUCCCUUAAAAGGGGGUUGGUUGCAGCAGUUUUGAGUUUCUUGGCUGGAUUCUUUCUUCUUUUUUUAUGUUGGACGGGGUUGUCCGGAUGCCGGGGUGGUCCGGUUCUUUCUCUUCUACCGCUCACACCAACCAUUCGGACCUUGUGACCAGAUUGUAGUCGCUGUUUUCUACGCCCGGUGUGCUACGCUACCAGGGUCAGAGCAAAGCCACACCAGCCCCCUGAUUAUUUAUGAAAUGGUUUAAAGAUCUGAGCUACCGAUUCCCACCCCCACCACCACUAUAUUAUUACUCCACCAAGUUCCACCAGGCUGUUGAGAACAUGCAUUGUUUUAAAAUUGAUUUCUCUCUCCCUACGAGAUGAGACUUUUCUUUUCUCCAUUGUGUCCUUAUAAUAUUUUAACCAUGUUUUUUUUUUUUUUGUUUGUUUUCAAUGAUACACUACCAAUCCCACUAACAAUACAAUGACAUGCUACCUUGUUGAGGCGUCUUCUGUAAAAUGAUAUAUUUUGGAUGCAUAAAACCACCAUAAUUUAUAUGAUCAUUUCAAUUCAAUUGGUUAUUUUGGAGUAUGUUUUUAUUUCAAUUUGUCUUUUUGUUUUGUUCCGUCUGCCAGUUGUAGUUUACAAAACCAGCUGUAAGUACAAAGAUGACUUCUGCUUUCUUUGUAUUGUGAUGUCACCAUGUUGUUUCACCGACCGAUAAUAUGGAGCAGUCUCUGGUUCCAGCUCUACACCUGUUUCUGCAGCUGUACUUUUUGAUAUUUAGAAUUUUAAAUUUCUGUAAAGUAGAUUUUUGUAGAUUGUAAUACAGUAUGUGUUCACUGCCUUUGUGAAACCAUAUAUAAUUUCUGUGUAUACUCUGAAUGCUUUUGCUUUCAGUGCGGUAUUCAGAAACGGCAAUAAAUGUUAACAUUUUUA